UUUAUCUGCUGACCUCAUUCUUCCAUCACCCACAAUAUGGAAUCAGGUUACGUUUAAAACCAUGCCCCUUUAAUCAAGUUGUCCAAUUAGAAUCUUUCCACACUGAUAUUUAUCUAAGACUCACCCAUUGUUAUAUAGACUGUGUGUCCAGGGUGCUCCCAGACAGUUUUUUGAACUUGCUGAAAAGGGAGCUCUCUAAACCUGUCUAUGCUUUUUGGAUAAUUUUCCAACUUUUGCUAUUUUCUUUUUGUGAUUUACUUCAUUUAUAGAUUUUGAUUUUUUAUAUUCUUACAUUUUGUCUAUUGACAACUAUUUCUGCAGUUUAUUGUUUCGUUUCCAAAAGGGGAAAUCUUUAGGAUAUUCAAGGAAUAAUCAUGGAGUCUGUAUCCAAAACCAAAAACAGAACUCCACAGACAUGCCCUGUCUGCUAUAGACCACACAAGAUUCUCUCAACACAUCUGAAAAGAAAGUGUAUGAGACUGAGCACAGAUGAAGCCAGGAAAGCGGCAUUAGAAUCGGCCAAGAAGACCCUGGUCAAUAUAGCAUCGAAGGGCACUACCAUUUCUUACGAUGAGAUCAUGUCUCUAGGAUCUCUGGAAAAAGUUGUACCUUUUCUAGAGGACAGAGGCUUUAUAAUAUCAGACAAGCCGGCUUCAAACAGGAAUGUCAGACAAGAGAUAACACCUACCUCUGUGUCUGCUGCCACCUCCACAUUGCAAGCAGUGGCCUCUCAAGUACAGCCACUUCACACGGAAGACGACGAGGACACAUUCCAACCUCAAGAAGAUUUGGAGGUCGCACAUGGCAAUGUGGAGCCUGAAGAAGAAAUUGAGGAUGUGCCAGCCGAGACCGAGGACCAAGAUAUAGAAGAGAGAGACAGCAUUCCAGAAGAAGACCACGAGGAAGGACAAGAAAGAAGACAAGAUGAAGAAAUUGAGGAAAUUGAUAACCUCGAUAGUGAGACACAGAGAAUCCUACAGACAAAAUGGACAGUGAAUACAAGAAAGAAGAUGAUGGCUGAAGGGUUGUACCAACGUCAUUCAUUAGACAACCCAAUGCUGAAGGGCUUUGCCUCCUAUCUGAAGGACACUUUGAAGGUCAAUAAUUAUAAACAGGAGGUUGAAGAUGUUGCAAGGUUCCUUUUUUACAUGAACCCAAAGACCGUAAACCUACAGUUCGUGAAGGAUGUGGAAAAGGCCAACGCCUUCUUUACCAAGCUGAGGGAUUUGAAUCUUGCAAACCAGACCAUCUUCAACUACCUGAAACAUGUCCGGAGGUUUAUGACCUAUCAGCUAAGAUCCACCAACCUCUUUACCAAACAUCCAAAUUUGUAUAAGUCCUGCGAAUUCUUUCACAAGGUGACCGAUGACAUACAAAAGAGGUUGUCAAAGGGCAUUUCUAGAGAGGUUGUCAGCAAACGGUACCAGGCAUUGACAACCACUUCAAAGACACCCCAGGAAUGUCGCAGGCUUCUAGAUGUGGCAAAACCAUCAUUCUCACAGUGUUUCAAGGAUGUCCAAGGUAGAAACACUGAUCGAGAAACAUAUCUAGAAAUUCUUUAUUAUUUGGAGGCCCUGCUUAUAUUGAAACAUCUACAACGACCAGGGGUAGUGCAAAAUAUGACCGUUUCUGAGUGGAAAGAACGAAUCUCCCACACAUAUAAUGGGGAAGAUCUUGCUAUAGUCGGUGUUAAGUUACACAAGACAGCUUCACAACAAGUGGCUACUUUUGUACUAAACAAGGAGGAAGAAAUGUGGUUUAAAGUCUACUUUGAAAAAGCUAGACCAAAGUUGCUACAGAAAGACUCUCCAAAGGAUACAUUCUUCAUAUCGACCUCUGGAAAAGAGAUUUAUAACGUUUCCAAUGACAUCAUGCGGUACCACAAGAAAUUCAAACUUCCCAACAUCUCUAGCCAGCUUGUCAGGAGGGUUUGUGAAACUUGGACCAUUCCUCAUUAUUCAGACUCCGAAAAGAAUAUGUUUUCAAAAUAUCUGGCACAUACCAACCUCACGGCCGAACGAAGCUAUAGGGAGAAGACGCUAACGGAUAUUUGCCAUGGCUACCAACUAGUAAUACAAGCAGGGCAAGUGACGAGUGAUGAGCCACAAGCCAGCACCUCAAGACAUCUGGAUCCAGAAGAACAUCGAGAAAGCCAGGAUGAUCACAGUGAGCAAGACGAGGACAUCACUUCCCAGAACACCUCAAGAAAUCGGGAUUCUGAAGAUCGUCAGGCAAGCCAGGAUGAAGACUCUACUUCAAAGGAUGAGAACAGCAACGAAGACGAGGACAUCACUUCCCAGGACACAAUCAGUGACGAGGAUGAUACUGGCUGGACUUCAAGAGCACCAACUCCCUCAGUGCCAGCGAUGUCAACAAGGUCCUGUGGGAAAAGUCAGACAGCACCAGCAAGCUCUAGCAGAGAAAAGACUCCCUCAUUGCCAGCGCUCUCAACAAGGUCCCAUGGGCAGAGGCAGACAGCACCAACAAGAUCUAGCCGAAGGACUAAAUAUUGCCGGAGAAGUACUCGACUUCGAAGAUAACGACCUUCUAUAGUCCAGCCAAGGGCUAUAUUUUACGCACUGUUUUAUAAAAAUACCAACAGUGUUUUGAUGUUGUUUAUGUUUUUUAGGUUUAUGCUUUCUAUGAUUGCAUAUUAAUGUUCAUUUAUGUUUUAUUGCAGAGCAAAAACACCCUCAUUGUCAGCGAUGUGAACGAGGUCCGGGAGGCAGAGGCAGACAGCAUCAGCAAGCUCUAAAGGACUGAAGAUUGCGGGAGAAGUACUCAACUUUGAAGAUGAUAAGCUUCCAUAGUCCAACCAUGGACUAUAAUUUACGCGCUACGUUGUAUACAAACGCACACUGUUUUACUGUAAUAUAUGGACUACUUCCUAUCCUGGGAACCCAUCUGUUUAGGAAGUGCAUGAAGCGCAUAGCAGCGAUGAUGAGAGAUCAAGACAACCCUGACAGAGGCCAAAAUAAAGUUGGUCAAUGAUGUAUCAUGGUGCUUGCUAUGAGGAUCGCUGAGCUGUUAUGAGACAAAAAUGCAAGGAAAAUAUGAUUGGGUUCCUAAGGAAAGACAGAUUAUUCAUCUCUAUCUAUAUUCAUUUAUUAGGUUACUAUAGGUUACUGAUGGGGUUUGAUGAAUAAAUACAAUUUCAUUAUUUUUGGCAAUAUGAUAAUGGGGUUUGUUGGGGGUUUGAGAUAAUGGUGUUUGUUUAAUAAAUGCACUUUCAUAAUUUU